AUGGAGAACGGGGGAAUUGUUGUGGAACGCCAAAAAGAGCCCUUAUAUUCUUGGUGCAUAGCAUUUGCAUGCUUUUGGCUUAGCUUUUUGACUGUGGGAUUGCACAGAUCUGCGGGCAUUAUUUAUGUUUCUGUUGUUCAAGUGUUCGAUAUUAGCCGGGAGCAAGCAAUAUGGCCUUUAAGUUUAUGUGGAUCACUGAUGUGUUUAUUAGGUCCUUUAGCUGGAUUCCUCACGCAUUACUUCUCUAUACGAAGCAUCUUAGUUAGCGGAGUUAUAAUUUCUGCUGUUGCUAUUGCAGCCUGCUUUUUCACGCCAUCUCUAAUUUAUCUCAUUAUAUUUUUUGGAUUGUUCAGAGGAAUUGGCAAUGGUCUAGUUGUCACCCUCAAUCCAGUCCUCAUUCAUCAGCAUUUCAAACAUCACAAAGCGACUGCAACAGGAAUCGCUUACGCUGGCGCAUCUGUGGGAUCCUUUGCACUGCCACCACUCAUCGAAUACCUUUUGGGUGCCUAUGGCUUCAAGGGCAGCUUCUUGCUAUUGGGUGCCAUCAUCCUCAACGGUCUCAUCCCAGCAUUCAUGGCACGCUCGCCAAAGCCAGCUUCAUCCGUGGCACCUGCGCCAAACAAGAAAAGUAUCUACGGGAAACUGGCAUUCCUGGAGCCGAAAACAACCAACGGUGUUAACGGCUGUCAAUCUGAAAACAUGGCAGCGGAUGAAGUUCCUCUGAAUGAGCCUCUGGUUGUAAAAAAUGACGCUACAGGUGACAUUUCAAAGCAUCAGAUCAUAAUGAUGCCUGGUUUAGCCGACAGAGAUGAAGUUGGACAAAACGGAUCAAAUGGAUGUCAUCAGAAUGGAGAAUACAAACUUCUGCCAACAUCUACUAACGGCGAAACUCCGUCUGCAUCCCGUUGUCCUGUAUUGGGUACCUCCGCUCCAAUUACCCUCUUCCAGAAGAUAAAGCAACGAGAAGAUGGUGUCUUUGGCCAAUUUCGACACACAGCCCAGAUCCUUACCCACCCUGUUUAUCUGGCAAUCUGCAUUACAUUCGGUUGCAAUGUAGUCAAUUUCAUCGCUUACCUGACUGUCAUAGUUGAUUUUGCAAGAGACAGAGGUCUGGCGGAAACGGACGCUGUCUUUUUAGUGUCUGCUUUCUCUGUUGGAGAUCUUUUUGGAGCUGUGUGCUUGGGAUGGGUGUCUGAUUUUAAGUGCCUCAAGAGAAAGUACACUGUGAUGUUGUGUUUUGCCGCCAUGGGAAGUCUGCUGUUAGUUUUGCCAAUGUGUCAGACACAUGCCAUGUUUUUGACAGUUUCCGUUUGCAUGGGUAUUUUCAACGGAUGCGUCAUGACCAACGUUCCUGUGGUAAUGAGAGACUAUUUAGGAUUGGAGAGACUAGCAGUAGCUGUUGGACUUGGUCAUUUCUUUGUUGGAGUUGGUCAACUACUGUUUCCUAUGUUAAUAGGUUACUUUCGAGAUAAUGUUGGCUCAUACGACCAUGUCUUUACCACCCUCGGAAUCAUGUGCCUUGUGUGUUCCUUGCUGUGGAUUCUUGAACCACUCUUCAGGAAACUGAAGCCUUGA